AUGAGUCUCAUAACCGAAACUGAUAAACAUACUUACGGUAAUAUCAUACAGAGUACAAAUGCUCAUCGAAUGUGGUACAAGCCUAGUGGAGCUAUUCGAACAACUAGCAGCAUGAAAUAUUACAACAUUAUCGCAAAUCUUAUUGACUCCAAGAAAACUGGAACAGCUCUUCCUCAUCAUAUGAUUGCAUCAAUAAAACCUAACAAAAUGGACUAUUUGAGUAAGAGUGUUGUGAGGACUUCUGGUAGUCGGCGUCCUCCAGGAGAAGGUUUUAAAGUUACUUCCGAUGGACACUAUGAUAUGGAUCAUCGCAGACUGUGUAAUUUAGCUGAUUCGUAUGCUUGGGCUGUGCCAACUAAAACUAAAAAUGCAAAAGAUGUGACGAAUGCCAUGAAGUCUGUGUUGAAACAACGACGUAAACCACAAAAAUUGCAUGUGGAUCGAGGAAAAGAAUUCUACAACAAUGAAUUCAAGAAGCUGAUGAAAGAUAAUGGUAUCACUAUGUAUUCAACAUUCAGUAAUCUUAAAGCGUCUAUAUGUGAGCGAUUCAAUCGUACACUCAAAGAAAAAAUGUGGAAGCAGUUCAGUUUGCAAGGAACAUACAAGUGGAUUCCUAUAGUCAAGACGCUGGUUCAGUCUUAUAACACCAGAAAGCAUCGGACAAUCCAUAUGAAACCCAUAGAUGUCUCUGCGGACCAUGAGAAAUAUCUUCUACGAGAUGUUUCCGGUAAAUUCUAUGUGAAUCGUACGAAAAAAGUCGAAUUCAAAGUUGGAGACAGAGUUCGGAUCAGCAAAUACAAGAACGUAUUUGAAAAAGGCUAUACACCCAACUGGACAACGGAAAUAUUUACUAUCGAUGAAGCUGUCAACACCGACCCCGUGACGUACAAACUCAUAGAUUACGAAGGAAAGCCAAUUGAAGGUGGAUUCUACCAAGAGGAACUAACCAAAGUAAAAUACCCUGAUGUCUAUCUCGUGGAAAAAAUCCUUCGAAGACGUGGGAAUCAAAUUUUUGUCAAAUGGCUGGGCUUCGAUCACUCUCACAACAGUUGGAUCAAUAAAAAUGAUUUAUAA